AUGGAGCUCGAUACUAACCAUUAUAAUAAUAGUUUUACUCCUGAUGAAUAUGAGGUUACUCCUGGUGAAUAUGAAAACUAUAAAAUAGAACUUGCUAAUUACAUAGACUACAUACGAGAGAAGUAUUCUAUAGUUCAUAAUCCAAAACGAAGUGCUUUUAAAGAACAUGAACCAAUUGGUAGAGCUGUUAAUGGACUACAAACAUUUUGGUCUUUAAAAGGAAUAUAUCAAUUGAAUAUGAACUGUGAAAAAAUCAUCAAAAGAUUUAAAAUUGAGUACAAAAAAUAUUUGGAAGCUUCACGUAAAUGGAAAUUAGAAUUGGCGCAUAAAGAAUAUUUUGAAGAAUCUCAAAGAAAUAAACAAAAAUUCAAAGAAAGGAGACACACUCUGGAUGAUUUUAAGACAGCCACAAACAAAUCAAUGGAUAAAUCCAAAUUGGAUAAAAAUAUGCAACUCUUUAGGCAAUUUGAUUGGUCCAAAUGUGAUGUGGAUUUUAAGGCAUUACCAAUAUUACAUUACAAAAAAUACAAAGAAAAAGAAGAUCAAAUCUUUUUUGAUGAUAAUAAAAGGCAAAUCGCUUUAAAUAGGAACAAUUUCAUCUCUGAACGUCUCCAAAAAAAAUUACUAUCACAAAAAAAAAAAACCUAA